CAGCAGGUGUCAGUGCGCGCGCAGCAGCGGAAGUGACCUCAUCUGCAGUAUUUACACACACACGCUGCGAAACGCACACAGAGAUCUGUCAGCUCCAGCAGCGCCUCAGGACGCGAUGAUUUCCCUCAAAUCUCCCGACAGAGAGACAUUCAGGAGAUCCAGCGCCGUCCGCGGACAGCAGGCCGAUGAUUAGCGUUUGUCCCGCUGUGUGCUGUCUGCAGUGCUGUUGGUGAUGCGGGAGCGGGAUCUGCAGCUUCAGCCCAGCGUGCGGCACUGGAGCCCGAAGCAUGUGGGCCGCUGGCUGCGCGAGGAGGGCUUCUGCGAGUACGUGGACCUGCUGUGUAAUAAGCACCGUCUGGACGGACGCAGCCUGCUGGCGCUGAGCGAAUAUGACCUGCGCUCGCCGCCGCUGGAGCUCAAGGUGCUGGGAGACAUCAAACGGCUGAUGCUGUCGCUCCGAAAACUGCAGAAGAAGAACAGCGACGUGCUGGAGGAGCUGGGGCUGGACACACACACUGCACAGGGCGGAGCAGGCGGUGUGGACUGGUUGUGUAACGGUGACUCCGCUCGUGACUGUGACUCU